UCGACCCCCUCCGCGUUUAUUUAAGGCUAAUCACCAGCCACUCUGUGAGGAGGGGGGGGGGAUGGAAUUAAACUUAGUUUAAUUAACAUUAAUACACCGUCCUAAUUAAUGGGUUGGCUAUUAAUUUAUACAUGCUGGGGAGGCUCGCAGAUAAGUGACAAUUUAUUAAUUAUCUUCCAGCUCGGUUGCAACGGAGCUGAUUGCAGAUGGGUUGCCAAAAUAACUCGAGCACGGUUGCGUGGUAGUCGCUUUAGGAAAAAAAAAAUUCAUUCUCCCCCUUCUUAAGAAAAAAAAAAAAAAAAGAAAAAAGAAAGAAAGAAAUAAAAAGCAAAAAAUCCUCACGCUCACUCCGAGCGGCUCCUGUAACCCCAGCGAGAACUGGAGCACUCUUUUCCACCCAACUUGUGAAUCGCACUUGCCUUCUAAUUUGCCACAUGCAAAACGAUUCCUCUGCUUUGCAAGUUGCUUUUUAAGAAGGGAGAGAGAGAGAGAGAGGGAAAAAAAAAACCAGCUCGCACACGAGCGAUUUGAGCGUCUUAAACUGGAAGGAAAUCGUGCGUGGAGGAGGGGGGGGGCUUCUCUUCCUCUCUCUGCCCCAACCCACCGCGCUCCAGCCCGGCGCCUGGGCUCGGGGAAGAUCCAUGGUGGCAUCCCCAUGUCAUCCUGCUCCAAGUGACUUCAUGUGAUGUCAGCUUUAAAUGUACGAGGCGGUGAGCUGACGCUCGGGAAGAUGUUUGCUAUCAAAAUGUGACUGCGGCCGCACCGAGCUGCUUGGAUGCGUCUCGUCGGAGCCGGGCUAAGAGCCGAGCGCAGGAGCGAGCGGCCGCUCAGCCCAAGUUCCCGCACGGCGCAAAGCCAUGGCGAGCUCGGGGUCGCUGGAGACGGUCAUGCCUUCCCCCUGCCCCCGGCACGACGGCCGGGCCGCCGCCGCUAACCCGUCUAAGAGCCUGGCCUUCUCCAUCGAGCGCAUCAUGGCAAAGACGUCGGAGCCCAAAGCAGCCUUCGAGCAGAGGCACGGCGGCCCGGGGCCGGAGCCGGAGCCGGGCAAGAAGUCGCUCAGCCUGUGCUCGCCGCUGCCCUGCGUGAUCCCUAUCCCUCCGCUGGGCUACGAGGUGCCCUCCAAGACUCUCCUCAACUACUCGGAGCUGUGGAAGAGCGGCCUGCGGGGCGCCGGGGGGCUCUGCAAAGCCAACUGCGGCGUCUGCUGCAAGGCAGAGCUCGCCCUGGGUCAGCCCAGCGGGCGGCUCAUCAAGCCGCAGGUCAUCCACCAAGCGGGGGCCGUGCCGGCAGCCCCCCGCUCCCUCUAUUACUUCAACUACCUGGAUGCCGCCUACCACCCGGCCGACCUGCUGCACGGACAGCUCUUCCCCGCCGGCCUGCUGGGCCCCCCGCCACCGGGGGGGCUCUCGGCUCACCAGAAGCUUUUCCUGCUGGAGAACGCCAAGCUGGCGGGGUUGGCGGCCGAGAAGCUGCCCCCGCCGCCGCCCUUCGCGCACAAGGAGCGGCUGCCGGGCCACCUGGACCAGGUGAUGAAGGAGGCGGCGGCGGCGGAACGCGGCGGCCCCCCCAAGGGCCACGCCAAGCUGGGGGGGGGCGGCGGCGGAACGGUAGAGGGCAAACCCAAGAACUUCACCUGCGAGGUGUGCGGCAAGGUGUUCAACGCGCACUACAACCUCACCCGGCACAUGCCGGUGCACACGGGGGCUCGGCCGUUCGUGUGCAAGGUCUGCGGGAAGGGCUUCCGCCAAGCCAGCACCCUGUGCCGGCACAAAAUCAUCCACACGCAGGAGAAGCCCCACAAGUGCAACCAGUGUGGGAAGGCGUUCAACAGGAGCUCCACGCUCAACACCCACAUCCGCAUCCACGCCGGCUACAAACCCUUCGUCUGCGAGUUCUGCGGCAAGGGCUUCCACCAGAAAGGCAACUACAAGAACCACAAGCUGACCCACAGCGGAGAGAAGCAGUACAAGUGCACCAUUUGCAACAAAGCCUUCCACCAGAUCUAUAACUUGACUUUCCACAUGCACACCCACAACGACAAGAAGCCCUUCACGUGCGUCACUUGCGGCAAAGGAUUUUGCAGAAACUUUGAUUUAAAGAAGCACGUCCGAAAGUUGCACGACAGCGUCUCCAGCGCUCCUCCGCCUCCACCCCGGGAUCCAACGCGCAGCGGGCAGAGCUAAGGGCCGGCACAGCCAAGGGCCGGCACAGCUCCCGGACCGCCGCUACCCAUCCCAACUGCAGCCUUCGCUUCUCUGUCUUUUCCCCAGCGAGCUCAGCCGCCGGUAGCAAGCGACCUCGAGCUGCAGCUGUAUAUAAGAGGAAUCCUAUUUAACGGCGCUGUGGGCCAAGAGGGGCCGGGCCGGCUGCCUCCCCCCCACCAGGACAGCGCUCUUUAUACGUGUCUGUAAAUCUCCAUUUUAAAUGUACGCUCGAAUAAGUGAGGAAUAUAUAUAUUAUAUAUAUAUAUAUAUAUAUAAUCUAUCAUGGGACAAUAAACCGGCCCUUCGUAGGUGUUUCAUUUCCCAUUCCGGCCCAGAGCCCGGCCCCGUGGGGGAUGCCGUGUGCGGGGCCCGGAGGAGCCCGCGUGAGGGCCGCAGAGGGCCGGGCGGAGCCGCCCCCAGGAGAGGGGCUCGGUGGGCGCCCGCAGCUUCCCGGGGCCGCUCUCGUUCGGAGCUGUUCGGCCGCUCCUCGGUGCCGCUCCCCGCAUGCAGAUGAAGUGAUCUCACGCUCGCUUUCCGAGUAAUGACCCAAAUUAAGAGAGAAAACACAGACCCUUCAAACCGCAUUACAUUAAUCUAAUCACUCCCAGCAGGCCUCAGAAACUCUUUUUGAUCAGAAUACGGAUAAUCAAGCACUUGGAUUACACUAAAUAUUCCCUUCUCAGCUCCCCCCUUUCCCUACUUUUAAUAUGCGAGUGUCUAUUCCGGCCACGUCGUUAGGAACAAUAUUAUUCUAGCGGAGAAACGAGGCUGAUCUCUGCGUGCUGCUCGGGCCGGGCUCGCCAAUGAAGCGGGGAACGAGCGCGACACCCGAAUGCCUGGGGACGCCGCGAUGGGGAGUUCACCUUUCCCCGCUUAAUGGAGCGAUUAAACGGAGGGAGGCGAAGGCGAGCACAGCUCUGCGCCGAGAGAGGGGCCGGGAGGCGACCCCAUGCUGCGCCUUUGCGGGUUGCGGUGCCGGGAGCGGUGCUCCGAGCCCCGGGGUGAGGAGCUCCUCCUCACUCGAGUUUUGGGGUUUUUUCGAUGCCAAAACGAUCG